CCAUAACCUCAAUUCGUCCUGUCAAGUUUACGAACUUACGGGUAGAGAACCGAAGAAUUGUCAAUCAAUGCUUUGAUCCUUAGUUUAUUAAACAUGAGUGAUUCCGAUGAUGAAAAUUUUGUCACGUUUGGCGAACCCCUGGAGCCUCUGGAUGAAGAAAACUUACCUCGAAAAAAGCCAAUAACUGUGGAAGAACAGAUCGCCACAGAUGCUCAAGGAAGACGAAGGUUCCACGGUGCCUUCACGGGUGGAUUCUCAGCAGGAUACUUCAACACUGUUGGCACCAGGGAUGGCUGGAGACCCCAGCAGUUCAAGUCUUCGCGGAGUAGCAAAGCAGGGACCGUCAACCAACUCCCUGAAGAUUUUAUGGACGAAGAGGACACCGGUGAGUUUGGAAUAGCACCCACUGGGAUUCGAGCCUCCAGUGAUUACACUGGCUGUGGCAAGGGGACGAAGAGAGAGAGGCAAAGGGCUAACGAUGGCCCAAUUCCUGGGGUUCCUGUGCUCCAGGAUUUAUUGAAGCCUAUCAGUGACACGGUUGGAGUUGCCUUGCUGAAAAAAAUGGGCUGGAAGCCAGGUCAGGGGGUGGGUCCACGAGUAACCAGAAGGGAAAAGCAGAAGACUCGUGAGAGGAAUGACAAGAAGGUUUAUGGGUGUUCUCUACCUACUCAAGAGUCGAAGGAUAGCACUUCGGAGAGUUCAGACGAUGAUCAAGAAGGGAUUCUCUUUGCUCCGGACGAUUACGAGCCAUAUCGGCUGAAUCCAAAAGACAAUUACUUCGGAAUCGGCUACAGUGGUCUCGACCGCACCUCAAUCCUGGGGCACAUAAAUCUCUUUGAUUCCCCGACCCUCCAACUUCGCGAUAAGAACAAAAAAUUCUCGAUAAAAGGUCAAGCCUUCGGCGUAGGUGCUUUCGAGGCAGACGAUGAGGAUAUCUAUGCACGUGAUGACAUGUCAAGAUACGAUUUCACGUUGGGCCCUGAGACCCAAAAGAAAGCCAUUCGUCCUUCGGAGUCGUCCACCCCGAAGAACUCCCUGGAAGGUUUCGUCCCAGCGACGAAUGCUCUUCAACGAAAGAAACACUUUCCAUCUCCGGAUCUUCCAAAAGACUUUAAACCAGUCCACAGGGUGAGAAAGAGUAGAUUUUCUCCAGCUGACGAGCCCCUCCCACGAGAAUCCGUCCGAAGAAAGGGUUUAGGUCGUCACGACAUGACCGCCAACGACAGAUCAGUGAUUCUAGGAGAAUCUUCCAGUUCAGUAAAGCCAAAACCAUUAGAAACACUCGAAAAACCACCGGGUAAGCCUUCCCCUGCGGCGAACAUAAUCUCUCGAACCCUGAACCUUCAUGGCCGCGAUUCGUCGAAGGAACGCGAGGCCUUAGCCCUGCAGCAGAGGAAGUGCUCGACCUCGUGGCUGGACAAACUUACCACCACAAGUUUCGUGAGUGCUGGAGUCGAGGGGGCAGGUGAGUCCUCGGGAAGUCUGAAGAACUUGUCUGAAUUUAAAUCAACCCAAGAUGGUUCCAAAUCCCCCACCAUCGAUGGGGAUCCACUGCAUUCUGACAUCAGAAAAAAUGACAGGUCGACAAGAUUGGGGGAAUCCCCGAUUCCAGCAAAACCGAACACACUCGACCAACCGCCGGAUAAAUCCUCUCCUCAUGAAGGCGAUCAGCUGAAGGCCCGCGAUGCCCUGGCACUACAACAGGGAAAAUCCUCGAGCUCAUGGCUGAAUAAACUCACCACCACAAGUUUCGUGAGUGGUGGAAUGGAGGGGACCAAGUCCUCGGGAAGUCUGAAGAACUUAUCUGAAUUCAAAUGGAAUGAAGGUGGUUCUAAGCCCUUCGCACUGGACGAGGAAAAGCAGAGGCGGUUUGAAAAGUAUCAAGACUUGGCGAAGAACGAUGAGAGGAAUAAAUUAUCGAUAAUUCAGCCCCUGUCGAUGACCGAGUGGGAGAGAGAACGAGAGAGCGAGGAAUUUGAGCAGGCGUUGAGGCUCUGCAGUGGCCCUAGAACUUCAUCAAGUAAUGAGGUGGUAGCAAAGGAUCCUAUGGUAGCGGCAGCUAAAGUGAAAAUGUUUGGAAAGCUGACAAGAGCCACUGAGUCCUGGCAACCAUCGAGUAUCGUAUGCAAGCGCUUUAACAUUCCCGAGCCAAAAACUGGCUGUGCAAAGCCAGAGGGAAAGGCGAAAAAGUACUCGGUCUUUGAGUCACUGGAUUUUUGUGGAGGAGAUACAAAGUUUCAAAAGGCAACAGACACUGCUGGUACCUACAAAGAGCCCCACAUUCCGUACAAUCCGCCGGAAGGGAAUAAAGUGGAGAGGGUUUUGGGUGCUGUACAGAUACUCGAUACAUCGGACAUUGAUACGAGGGGGAGCAAGUCGAUGGAGAAAAUAAGGGACUUUGAGGCGUCUUAUGGGAAGGUCUUUGGCAAGAGUGAGGAGUCAGAGGGGGAGGGAUCUCCUGGUGAGAAGGACGAGAAGACGGAUCUCUUCAAGGCGAUUUUCCUCAGCAGUAGUGAGGAUGAGGCGACUGAUGAAGAUGAUGAUGUUAAUCAUGACACUGUCAAGUCUGUGCUGAUUGGAAAGUCGAUUGGUGAUGCCAACCCACUGAGAAAUGACUCACCACCUCGAGGGAUCUUUGCCAAACUCGAUUUGGAUGAGUUGGUGAAGCCUGGUGGUAGCAAAAAAAUUGUGGGUAGAGAUAUCGAAAUACGAAAAAUCGACGGAGCGAUCGGGACCGAUGAGGGGAGGAGUGGAGAUGUUGCCAACGAUGUGGAUCAAGGUGAAAUGAAAAUUUUACCGCAGACGUACGGUCCCGCGCUGCCGGGGAAAUCAAUGAGGGCAGACGAUUCUGGUAAUCCUGAAAUUGUGCAGAGACCCGUUUUUCGGAGUGUUGUCGUUACAAAAUUGGAUGGUGGGGAUAAGUCGAUCAAGUGGAUUGAGAAGAGGGUGAAGAAGGAGAGGAAGAAGAAGCAUAAGCACAAGGAGAAGGAGAAGAGGCACAGGCAUAAAUCGAAGAAAAGUAAAAGAUGAACUUAUUUUGUAGAUGAUGAUUUAUUAAAGAACUUGAUUGUUUAUUUA